AUGCCAGCGCUAGGUGAAGUGAGAGAUUUUACAAUGGAAAUGUGGAUAUUUCCAACUGCACUGGUAGGAAAUCAAGCAUUACGAUGUGAUGAUGGCGUUCACAAUGGCAGUGUUUACCUGGAACUAGCUGGGCGGCACUUGCAGCUAUCGAUCCCAGGCAAUUCCCCACGUGAAUGGCUGUUUAAAGUGUACCAGCUCCAGACCUUUCAAUGGGUUCAUAUUGCGAUCACGUAUGAUAAAGCAAAAAGAUGUCUUCAACUUUUCGUGAAUGGAGUGUUAUCCGAGAAGAUGGAGUUUGAAUAUGUAUGUAGCAGUGUAAACUUUCGCUCUUCGCGACUCGGGUGUUGGAUGAAUGAUGAUGACACACAUGGCGCGGCAAUCACAAGCAUCUCUUCACAACGCAUAUUUAAGGGAUCGAUUGCUGAAGUUCGAAUAUGGAAAGUAUCGCGUGCUGGUCAUGAGAUUUUGCGUGAUUUUCAGCGCAGCAUUCCUCUUGUAACAUGCCCUACUGAUUCAUCGGUAACAAAGUCUAAAGUAUUUUCUGAUGCUAUGAUCGGUCUGUGGCAUCUGACUGAAGGGGAAGGUAUCUGUGGCUAUGAUGGUGCCCCUGUUCUAAAAGCUGUGCCUGAAGGUCCUGAGGCAAGAGGUUACAAUCUGACCAUCUCACACUGUCGUUGGGUCCCUACAAGUCUGCCAGUCUUUGGAAACAAUGUUUUGGACAAUAUGUCACCCAAUGAAUGGAGCCGAACCGUAAUGUGUGUUCGUGUCUUUCAACGAAAGGUUCGGUUGUGGUUGAUGAUCCAAUUCAAUGAAUCUGUUCAUUUAGCAAAGCUGGUCUGCAAGUUUGACGAACACAAUGCAAUGCAGAAAUGGAACCACUUAUCUCGGAUAGAUGGUGAUGAUGGUGACGUUACGCUUUCUGAUAGUAUUGCUGCGUACUUGCGCAGAGGUGAAACCGAACGUGGUAAAUUGACUGGUCAGCCGCUGGAUAAGACGACUAGCAAAACAAUUUCUCAAUGGAACGCAUGUACUGAUGAGCAAAUGAUCAUUCAAAAGCAAACAAGGCGAUGCGCGUGGGUUGUUUUUCGCUUCUUAGCGUCAACUGGCAUAAGCGGGGCUUACGAUAGGCGAGAGGGGGAAGCCAAGUCGGUAGCUGCUGUUGCAAAAAUGAAGCGAAAGCAGCGACUUCAGAAAGCUGGUAGUUCCGGAAAUGGGACGUUCUCUACUGUUGGUGGACAACUGGCUACUGAAGAUUCACACGGUUCAAGUUUAAGCUCUAGUGCUGAAGAUACUGCUAUUCGAACAGCUGAAGCUGCAAGCGAUGCAGCUAAGAGUGCAGCUACAAACAGAGAAUUAGAAGAACCUGUUCUUCAAACAUUGUGGUUUUUGAAAGAGUUUCACAGGAAAGUGUUCGAAGUUCUUGAAAAAGAGCUAAUUCAAGGAAAAGGGCUAACUGAAGCAGCCGAGGGACUGACGCGUGCUCAGCGAAUGCUUCGGUCAGUUUCAACACCUGUCCAAAAGCGAGGCGCAAGUCUUCGUCAGUACCCGAGCGAUGUAGCGCGCGGCAUGUCUGGAUUUGUGAAUUUUCAUCACGCAACAAGUAACUUAUCGGAAAAUAGUGAGGUUUUGGAGCCUUUGGAAGUGGAGACGCACAUGUUUAAGAUCCUGUUGUUCAUGCUUUCGCAAAGUCAGCAAUCUUCGGCAAUCACAUAUCUAGCACACCCACACAUGCUUCGGGGUGUACUAGAAAUGCUUCGCAUAGCGUCUCCUCGAUCUCAGCGUGUCGUCAAGCUGCUUCUUCGUCGAAUUUGUUGUAGUGGUAGUAUCAAGCCGUCGGACGUUGGUGCCAUUCUUGGAUCCGAAUCCGUGUUAAUAGAUUUGUUGCUGGAUCAAGUGGCCGAGUCGGUAUGUAGUACAGCUGCGCCCAUGGCAACCCACGCAGUUAACGUUCCAGCAAACAGCGCACAGGUUGGAAUUGCGGACAAAGACAACUCGUUUUCAUCGUCAGAGUCAUUGAGUAACCCAAUCGGAUUUCGUUCUGGUGAAAUCUCUCUUGUAAUGGCCUCGGAAAGUGUGGCUUUACUGCGGCUUUUGCUAAUGGAAAAGCACUGGGAGCAAGUAGUGUCAGAGAUUUUAUGCAAUGCAAUCCGCAAUAUCGCCCCGAUUCUCGCCAGAAAAAAUUGUGACCGUUUGUCAUCACAUUUGCAAAGAAGUGCCGAUUCUUCCGAUAUCAGGGUCCGAGCAGCAAUUGUUCGAGCUGUUGGAGCUCUUUGUGUUCUUGGAACUCAUUCGGAUUGCAUUCGAAUUGGCGGCAAAGUUGUUGUCACUGCUCAAGGCACUAACGGUUGUAGGUCUGACAUUGCUUUGGACUGCAGUCCAAAUUCUGUGAGCGCAACCUUGAUUGAGAUGAAUUCACAUGCUUCUACGGUCCGUGUUGUUUUUCACCCUACGUCAUCAGAAUCAAACUUUGAUCCCAGUCACAAUGUUCAAGAUGUGAAGCUGGCAAGCCUUUCUCCAUCUGAAGAAAUUGUUUUGCCAUCGUCGGUGAUGCCGUUGUCAAUGGACAUGCUACCUGUGAUUCUACAGCUCACUUCUUUGGAGGAUACAAGCGUUUUGAAGGAAUUUGACAGCUUGUGGAGGUUGCAAAUCCGCUCUCGUGCAUUGCUGGCGCUGGAACCUCUUUUGCGCCAUUCAGUUUGUGUGACCAAACGUUUUGCUCACGAUGCCAUUGCACAGAAUCUGCUUCGCUUUGCUUUGACUCCAACAAGUCUUGAUACCUUUCUCAGUCUGCCAUUACUCCAGGAGCGAGGCCGAAUGCUUUUAUGCCGUUUGAUUGAGUCUUCAACUCCGCUUGGUGAAGUAAUGUUUCACGGGUUGCAGGAGCCUACAGCUUCAGCACUUGCCGCGUCCGAACCACUACCACUAGGAGGUUCCAGCUUUAUUGAAGCAAUCAAUGAUCCCGCCGAAGAAGAAACUGAAGCUCAUCGCGUCCGUAGAGGUUUCGCGUCCACGCUGGCUGCCAUGGGAUUUGACUUUGACUUAUGCAUGGCCGCAUUAGAAAGCUCUCAUGAUGACCCUAAUUUGGCAGCUGAAUGGUUAAUGGGUGUCGGCGCAACAACAUACCAGGAACGCUUAAAAGCACAACGCUUAGCACAGGCAAGCAUCGAGGCUCACGAGUUGGCAGAGGGAGCUAAUGGAAUUCCUGCUCUUACCAUUGAAGCAAAGGCGACAGAGCUUCAAAGCAUCUCCGGAAUGCCGUAUUGUCUUUCGUUGUGCGCUUUGGAGCUGUCAAACAGCGAUCCCAAUCGAGCUAUGGAGUGGCUAAUGGAGCACGGCAAUAGCUAUGCCGAGAAGUUCGAUUCGCUAGAUCUGUUAACAGACGCAUUUUUAGCGACGAGGACUGUCGUUUUAGAAGACCAGGCAGCUAUGGAAGAAGUCGAUCAACCUGACCCGCUCGUAGCUCUUGCUGGACAAGACGCAUCAACAGCCGAUUAUUUGAGCAUAACUACAUCGAUAUCUAACGCACCAAGUGCUGAUGCAAUGGCAGUAACCCUGGCUCCAAUUUUGGCACCCAUUCCUGUAAAGCCUAACGCGGGUGUGGUUGCAGCACGUGAUUCAAAUGUAACAGCCUUCUCGCCACUUGAUCCGACGUAUUUGACUCCAAACGUUCUCUUAACGGUGACAAGUGACGUUGGUCCUGUGAAACAGUUAGUUGCCAGUGGACGAACGGGUAUUUACAGGCGCUACUCGCCUGACGAUGGUGUGCUAGUAACAUUUUUGAACACGGAGUCUGGCGCAUACGAGGACGAAUUCUUUUCCCCGCAAGACUUGCGCCGGAUUGUGAAAAUCUUUGAUGAGCCUUUAGAGGGUGUAGAAAGCAUACAUCGCGUUGCAAUGAGAACAGAGAAUGCUCUUUCUACGUAUUAUGCCCGACGUGCUAUUACAGCUCUGCUCUGCGCUUUCACUUCUCUUGGGAAUUUAAUUCCGAAGGUAUCAGGAAUGGAAACUGAUAAAACUGAUGCCCUUGAAGAUAAGCCUUCAUCGCUGUCGUUUUCAUUUACAAGUGUCGUUGGAGGUCCACGUCAGUUCGUGAAUCUCCUGAAGAUGGUAUGUGCUUCCGAAAUGAAUGCUAUCAAGCCCUCCGACGCCGACGGUACAGACGGCUUACCAAACAAGACCUAUGCCAGUAGCAGGUCAGUGACGUAUAAUACUGAGCAGCCCGUCUCCCUGUUGGCGACCUUGCAGAAAAUAACGCUGAGAAUGCUUCGUGAAGAAUCACUGACUCAAAAGAUUGAAAAUUCCAAAUCGAGCUUACUUCGUUUUCGUGUCGUAGAACGAGUUGAAGGCCUUUCUGAUCAUAUCAGCGAUCAUCCUCGUUGUCAUUCUGUUCCUGGAGUUCCCAAUUUCAAUAAAGGAGAUGAUGACGAGGCUUUGAGUCGGGCAACCAUGGUGUGCAUGGAAAAACCACCAGUACCUCUGGCUCCUAUGGCUAGUGCGGGUGAGGAUCUGGCAGAAGCAAGACAUGAUGGAUGGAAAGAUGAUGAAAGCAAGAGUGAAGACGCUUCUGAGUGUAUGGGAAUAAUCUACCAGACGUCCAACUCAGGAGUACAGGAACUUUCUAGUGCAUACUCGGAUGGUGGAGUUGAUGGCGACGAAGGCCUGCUAUCUAGUGUACUGGUUAAAGAGUGCGUCAGUCACUUUGUGGAAUCCACGCGAAUGGCGGGAGACGGUGCAGGUAAGGUAUCAGCAGUCCAGGAGUUCCAAUCGUUGCAUCCAUACUUCGGUCGAUCCGAUUAUGCUCGAGCUGUAAGCAUUGAUAACUCCUAUCGAUGCUUACGUAUUGUGUUUGACCAUCGCUGUCGAUUGGGACCCAAGGCAAGGCUGACUUUCUUUGCAGACCCAGAGUGUGAGGAUCGUAUCGGGAUGGUGGACAAUGCCAUGACGGCUUCCGGCCAUCCUCUGCCAGAUUUGAUUAUCCAUUCGCAUCAGUUUUGGUUUCGCUUUACGGCGUUGGAAGAGAACGUUGCAAAAGAUAAUGGCUAUGGCUAUCGCUUCCAAGUAAAGCCCAUGGCUAAUAUCCGCUGGACAAAAGAGUCGGAUGUGUUGAAAAGCCCCUCGCUGGAGUGGGCAUGUUGGGUACUAGAAUUUUUGCUUAAUGACGCGACGGAGCUGGUAGCACAUGGAGCCGUGCACAACCGUAAUAUCUAUGGUGCACUUGUACGCUAUCUGCGUUCGCCAGGAGCUCCGUAUAAAGGCCGCGUUGUUCGCUUACUUCAACAAUUGUUGCACCACUCUGAGCUAUUUCCGGUUGAUGCAAUACCCGAAUUGGAUGCGUUGGAAUCAAUUUCUCGAUUGGCAUUGACUUGUGCGGAGGUCGAUCGAGCAAGUGGCAAGGUGUUUCUUUCUGCACACUUGCUGCAACUAGUGGAAUUAUCCAUGAUGAUCUCUUCCGCUUCAUCUGUCUUCGACCGCAAGCUUUCUGGCAUCAGUGCAGCAUCAACACCACUUCUAACUGCACCCUUUGAUUUGCCUGUGCCAUUCGAGCGUAAACGCGUGCAAGAUAGUCUAAAUGACGUGUCGGUGCUGACGAAGUUUUUACUUGGUCAAACAACGAAUCUACCUGACCAUAUCCUAGUUUCAAUAUGGCUGGAGGUCUACGGGGCUUCUACAGUCAUCGAAUCCUCCCAUCCGUACACUCCAGGCUCCCAUUUACACGACGUCGUAGUGUUUGAUGGUGCUGAAUCUCUAUGGAUAACGUUCGAUCCACGUUGUUCUUUAGCGCCUGGCCAAGGGCAAACAAUGUCACGACUCGAUCUAGCCAGCUUUAUGGUUGCCUCUCGUGACGAUGAUGUUGAUGAGCCAGUCAAAGAAAUCCGUAGUAACCGAACAUAUGCCGGGGAGAGUGGGUGGCCUGAAGGUGCCAUCUCUCAUGAUGGACAUCAUCUGGAAUACACGUUCCGCGCGGAUGAAAACGCAGGAGAUCACUUUGGUUUUGCAGCAACAGUAAAUGCUCAUGGUAUUUCUAGAGAGAAACAGGUAUUGCGCGCCACGGUUGAAGACAUGGAGCACAUUCGCCGGCGACUUGUAAUGCAAACAGGUUCUAUUGAUCUGUCAAAUGGGAAUCGCUGGACUGAAGCAAUGGACGCACAGCUCGUAGAUUGGGUGAACAAUCACGUGGAACCUACAGCGUCCUUGCCAUCGUCCAUCCCAACGACAACUCGGCAUUCUGUCGAUCUACAACCUGUAGACGUUAUGCUUGACGCAACGCUUGAUGGAUUGCGCUGCUCGCAGAUAUUAAACCUGUCACUCGAGUCGCUGCAGCUUCGGUUUGCGUUGUUGAAGUACCUGAAUUUGAGCCUACAGCACUGCUUGUCAUUGCUUGAUCUACGCGACACAAAAUCACCGUGGACGAUAGCACACCGGUUACGAAAGCUAAGCCAUUGCAUCUUCUUUGACGUGAAGAGUACGCUAGUCGAUGCUGCGAUCGAAGCUACAAAUGUCCUAGGAGAGGAGACUUCUAGUGGAAGCUCGCAACAGCAGACAGCGCGUAUCACACUGGACCGGAUGCAGGCGCUUGAAUCGCGUGAUGAUCGUGAAGUGGAGCCCUCUGUGUCUGAAUGUUUUUUCGCGCAGGCGUUUCGUCAGCUGCAUCAGGUCGACACGGCGUUGUUAAGACGUCAGAUCGAUAGCAAGGGACGACUUUUCAGUGUCAAGUUCCGCGGCGAGGAAGGUGUGGACUGGGGUGGAGUCUAUCGUGAGGGUGCCACAUCCAUGGUAGACGACUUGUUUUCUCCACAUUUCAAUUUGUUUGUCUUGUGUCCCAACGGCCAGCACGACAUUGGCAACAACCGCGGAAUGUAUUUGCCAAACCCCAAAUGCACGUCUCCAGUUGCCACACAAAUGCUUGCUUUUGUAGGCCAGCUCCUAGGAAUUUCACUGCGUACGCAUGGUGACUUUCCGUUCAUGUUACCAUCGCUUGUGUGGAAGCAAUUGCUGGGCCAGACACUCACACGCGCUGAUCUUGAAGGCACCGACAUUAUGUUUGUUCAAAUGCUGGACGGCAUUGCUAAUUGUGAAAACGAUGGCAUCUCUACAGAGGAAGAAUUUGCUACGGCCUUUGCUGGGCUUGAGCUGCGUUUUACUGCCUCGUCUUGUACAGGAGAUGAUAUUGAACUUGUGCCAGGUGGUCGCCAUGUCACGGUGGGGUUUCACAACCGAUUGGAGUAUUGUCGUCUUGCAGAGCUCGCGCGUUUGGAAGAAUGCAGUGCGCAGGUGGCAGCUAUGGCUCAAGGUUUUGCAACACUAUUCCCACGCCGUGUGCUGACACUACUAACCUGGCAGGAACUUGAGAUGCUUACGUGUGGCUCGCCCAAAAUCGAUCUGGAUCUCUGGCAAAGGCACACGCGUUACGACGGCUAUGCUGAGGACGACCCAACAGUCCGGCUGUUUUGGAAGGCUCUUGCAGAAUUUUCCGAUGCACAACGGGCAGAUUUUGUGCGUUUUGCAUGGGGCCGAAGUCGUCUGCCACGCGGAAAGUGGCCACAACCUUUCAAGUUAUCCAAGAAAGGUGGUCGUGACGCUACGCGCAGCCUGCCAGUUGCUCACACAUGCUUCUUCUCAGUUGAGCUUCCACCUUACACAUCACGCGAGACAAUGCGCUCUAUGCUGCUUGCUACUAUCACGUUUGGUCUUGGUGGCAUUCUCAUGGCUUAA